CCGCGAAACACCGCGAUCUGCCGCCUGCGAGCAAAUCGCGAGAAGAGGCUGUACGCUAGUUUUCCUUUGCGCGAAAAAAAGUAACAAAAGUAGGCGUCAACAUAAUAUGCCUACAAUUCGAAAAUUAAAAACGCGCGCCAAUAAGAUGACAUAAACAACAUCAUUCACAAUUAAUUUAGUUUCGUUUUAUUUUAUAUUUAAUAAAAGAAAAUGUGACAUUUAUCAGUUUAAAUUACUAUUACAAAUAGUGCAUUUAAUUUAAUAAUGGUGGUUUAUUGGCAGAAAGUGCUUCUGGCAACAAUCCUAACUUCGAUCUUGGAUGUCAAUAGUGAACUGUUCGGAAAUGAUGAACAUUCAAAACAACUAUUAGAUCAUUUGUCGGAGUCAGAAAAAAUAUUUCUGUUUGGUGCCAAUCACAAUGAAGCUCAAUUCGAGAUAGCGCAUCUAAAGCAACCCAAACGUCGUAAACGCUCAUUAUCCUACGACGACAAUGAACUAGUCUCUCUGAAGAAUCAUUUAGGUGUUAAAGUGGCUCCCAGAAGUAGCUUCCUAGACCCCCAGUUCCUACUCAUGAGAAGAUGGUCCAACAGUACUGACCUCGUAUUGGACCUACACACUGAUGAAGAGUUAGAUCACUGUUACUAUAGAAGUGAUGAUGCGGCAUUAUAUGCAUGUGAAGACGUGAGAGGAUUAAUAAAAUCCAAUAAUAGUUACUACUAUAUCCAUCCGUUACCAGAAAGAUUUCAUCAUGAAGAUUCCAAAGCCCAUGUGAUAGUCAAACGACAAAUAACAGACUUAUCUUCAGAUACUAAUUAUCAAAAGGAGGACACUUGUGUCGAAAGACAGAGUAUCGAUACAUCUAUCACUCCUCAGCCAGUUAGAAUAUGGACGAAGCAUAGAAGAAAAAGGGGAGUAACUAGUGCGAACACAGAAAAUAAUUUAGAAGGAUUUAAAUUGAAUCUAGCUCAUAGAAAUAAAACUAUAGGAGCGUUUAUUGAAAAACUAACGACUGAUGCAAAGAGACAGAAAAGAGCUGUGUUGCCAGCAGUUUUUGUGGAGACGGCCGUUUUUGUUGAUAGAGAUUUAUAUAAACAUAUGACUGUGAAUUUUCCUAAAGAUACAGAGAGGGAAUUGGUUAGAUUUGUUUUAGCAAUGAUCAACGCGGUACAGUUGUUGUACCACGAUCCGUCUUUGGGAAGACCUGUUAAUUUUAUUUUAAAAAGAUUAGAAAUUCUUCAUGAAGACCCAGUGAAUUUGAAACGACCACAUGAUAUAGAUAGAUUUUUAAGUAAUUUUUGUACAUGGCAAAGGCUGGAGAAUCCACCAGGUGACAAUGAUCCAUUACAUUGGGACCACGCCUUGAUUUUAACUGGAUUAGACUUGUACGUUGUUAAUAAAAAUGGUAAAGUCAGCAGUCAGGUCGUUGGUCUCGCCCCAGUGGCUGGUAUGUGUACAGUCACUAGCAGUUGCACAGUUAACGAAGGAAGACAUUUUGAAAGCGUUUACGUGGUGGCACAUGAAAUAGGUCAUAACCUCGGCAUGCGCCAUGACGGUCCGCUAGCAGACAACGGCUGUGACCCAAGCGCGUACCUCAUGAGCCCAACCCUCGGUAGCGGGAAGAUUACCUGGUCACAAUGCAGUAAAAACUAUCUGCAGAAGUUUCUUGAUACUGUUCAAUCUCGAUGUUUGUUGGACCAUGGAAAUUCUGCUGGGCAGUUGGACCACAGUGCUGAAGGUAUACUGCCUGGUGAGAGAUUUGACGCUGAUCAACAAUGCAUGUUAAAAUACGGUAGUGGAAGUCGCCACUCCGCUGCUCAGAACUUGGAGGAGAUCUGCAGAGAUUUGCACUGCCAGAGGGAGAGGUACACGUGGACCUCGCAUCCUGCGCUCGAGGGGACCAAAUGUGGUGAAGAUAUGUACUGCCGCGGCGGGUCGUGCGCGGGUGGCGCGGGGGCGGCGGGCGGCGCGUGGGCGCGCUGGUCGCGCUGGUCGCGCUGGGCGGAGUGCGCGUCCGCGUGCCUGCUGGACGAGCGCCGAGCGCCCGCCGCCGCCGGCGUCGCCGUCGCCGCGCGCCGCUGCACGCGCCCGCGACAUGAAAACAGCAAUAACUACUGUUCGGGUCACGACAAGAAGUAUCAGACGUGUCACGCGGAACAGUGUAACAACGUACCAAGGAUGACUGUGAGGGAGUUCGCUGAUGAGAUCUGCUCUAGAGCGCGAGACGUGGACCCUGACCUCAUCGGCACCGGUCUGCAGAGGCUAGACACUGAUGAUAUGAGCAGCGCGUGUGCGGUGUGGUGCGACACGAGAGGUGGCGGUUACAAGUCCCGGGGCUGGACCCUGCCCGAUGGCACGGCUUGUUCAAGAACAUCACCCAUGUUCUGUAUUUCAGGAGUCUGUCAGAAAUUCACAUGCUCUUCAAAUCCUGACAACGAGUUCACUUUGAAGCCGAGUGACUGUGAAUGGGAGGCACUGCAGUUACAAACGGCAACACCGCACAGUACCUCAACAAAAACCUCCGGCACGUGGCGGCGUGCGGUGGGGUCCCAGUGGCGGCCGACGAGCGGCUGCCACUACCACUGCGUGACGCCGGGCGUCGGCGUGCGGCUCGUGCGAUCUGCCUCGCGCCACACCGCCAGCAUACAGCUGUGCCGCCCCGACACCACCAGGCCUGAUCUCGGUUGCACGCAACGCAAGACACCUUACCAGUACGCAACCAUGGUGUGCAGCAAGUACAAAGAGAGAGUCAGACGGCUGUCCGGUCUGGGGAUGCAGAUAUCGCCCGCACUCGAGGAUCCAGACCGUCCAUGCCGCAUUGCAUGCCAGGAUGAGCGGGUGUCGCACCGGUUCUACUUGGUGAACGGGCACGAGGGCUGGUUCCCGCUCGGCACCGCCUGCGGGAAGAACAACUCCUCAUACUGCGUCAGCGGCAAGUGCUUGGAGUUCGGCCCUGACAACACCCCCCUAUCUGAGAUGGUGUUCACGCUGCCGCUACUGGGCCGGAGUAGCACCAGUUCGAGCAGCAGCGUCUCGUCGAGCAGCAGCGUGCGGCGCGUGACGUCACGACACCGGCGCCGGCGCAGCCUUCACCGCGACAGGAUCACGGUGAAGGCCACGCUCGAGCAGCGCCAUCUGGAGGAGCUGAUCGCGAGGCUCAAUCUUACACACAAUGGCAACGAGCACAUAACGUACUACGACACUGUGCCGGACAACAUAGAGGUGGACUUCAACAACCCCAUACAUAUAGCGCCCGAGGACACGCUGAUGAGGAAACCGCCGCGACCCACUUGGGACUAAGAAUUGUCUACAAUUCUCGGACUAAAAUUAAUUUUGAGGCGAUCAAAUUUGAAUUAAGCUUGGAAUAUUUCACAAAUAGCAUGUUAAUCACUAUCAUCACUACAAAGGCGCUUCCCGUCUGUCUGUUCCUAUGCAGGCUUAGGUCUUUAAAACUAUAUAACGGAUUUUUAUACAACUUAGAAUGGCAAACAAGCUGACAGCCCACCUGAUGGAAAGUGGUAACCACCUGAGUCCUCAAGAAUCUACGGCGAUUCUUAAGGACUCAGAUGUUAUUGCUCUGUACCCUGUAAAUUCACCCUUCAAACCGAAAAACAGCUAUGCUAUAAUAACACCUGAGUCCUCAGGAAUGGCAACGCAUGGGGGGUAUCAUGGGCGAAACAGUAUACUCUGUUAUGUCCAUGGUACUGCUCAUGUCUAUAGGCGAUGGUUACCACUUUCCAUCAGGUGGGCCGUCAGCUUGUUUGCCAUUCUAAGUUGUAUAAAAAAAAAUCAUAUGAAAAGCAAAACCAUAUGUCACACCUGUUACUUCCCUUCUUCUUGUAAUUUCACCGCCGUAUGUCCUUCAAAUUGGAACAACUCUGCAAGCGUAGAUGCUUGGUGAUAGAAACAUAAGUGGUACAUAACAGAGGUGUCUAUAGCUUUUAUAAUGGAUGAUAAUGGAAUGGUAACCCCGCCUGUGCUAUCGGUAUGGACUAGCGGUACACCAGUGAGGGAUGACAGAUGAGAAUGAGAAGACAGAUCAAUUAGCCCAUCGUGAUAAAUACACUUGAAAUUCAACACGACGGUUUGGCCACGGGGAAGUCGAUCUACCCUGUCAGAUCGACUGCUAUUGGUGGUACGCAUUACUAACAAUCCCUCUGAGGAAUAUAAUAGUAACCCCGUCUGCGGUAUACGCUGGUGGGAGACUAGAAAAGGAUGAUAGUUGGAGAUGGAUACAGGCCAGUUAGCCCAUCAUGAUGAAUUCAUCAGGAAUUAACCAUGAUAGUUUCCAGGGAGAACCGCGAGGAGGUCGACCUGGUUAGGUAUAUUGCUAGCAAUAGGAUUCUCAGUCUCUAUUACUAACAAUCCCUCCCCCCCCCUUAUAGGAUUAGGAAACAAUCGUGCUACGUAAUACCAUUUUUAUGACAAUUAGCAAUCGUUGGCAGUGUUUGUGGCCGUCAUACGGAAUUACCUGUCUAGUCGGUGGGAAAGGGAUUGUUAGUAAUGACCUUUAACAACCUCAUUACUAGCAAUACACCCUAUCAGGUCGACCUCCACGCGGUUUCCAGUGGGAACUAUAGUGGCUAAUUCUUGUUCAAUUGGUCACUAUGGGCCAACUGACCUACCAUCAUCCUCACCUGUCACCCUUCACUGGAGCCUUGUUAGCAUAUACCGAUAGCGCAAGCGGGGUUACCAUUCCAUAUUCACCCAUAAAAAAAAGUAGGACCUAGUCGCUGUCGUGCGAGGUAAAUACCAUUAAAUAAUUCGGUUAAGACCCGACAGUCUAUGUAAAGCGGUACAUUAUGUAUAGUCAAUGCAAUAAAGUUGAAAUUAUUUAUAAUAUAGUUUCAUCGACUGUACAAUUGUUGUGAUCAUUUUUUAGUAUUUAUUUUAGAGAAUUUUAUACUUUGUUAUAUAAGUAGGUAGGUUUUUAAUUAUUAAUUAAAUAAUAUAUUAUACA